AGGGACAGAAAUCAAUGGAUGGCCAAACCAUGCACGCAGUUGCUAUUCAACGUAUUGGCUCUCAUGUAUGUCCACUCGGGCGAGUCAAACUAAAUAGAGACAGUACCCUGCACUAUUCCCCCAUUCAAUGCGAAAAGAGAGAAUACAUGUACAUGUGUAUACAUUUCAAAUGGUAGCAUACCGCAGACAACCGCCGCGGAGAAACAGCCGAACUGCCAAUCGUGAAGCAACAUACACAGCUAAUGCUAUGGCGAUGCCUCGAUGGAUAUCCGUUUUUACUAUAGCAAUCGUCUGUUUGAGUGGUGCUGCCCCAGCCACAAGUGUUGAAGUCGAGAAUGACUCCUUGGUCGAGUUGGAAAACCCGGACUCAGAUGCAUGGGACAAGCCAUUGAGUAACAGUGACGGCUUCGGUCACGGCAGAGAUGUGCUCCGUCUUCAUUCGCCACACUACGACGUCGCCUUGGUUCUCUUCCUCUUCGAUGAUAUCGGCAAGAAGGAGAAGCUUCGAGUUUGGAUGAAAACUGAUAUCUGCAUUGGGUGUAAAAUGGUCCCAGUUGCCAAUUUGACGGUGAAGACACAGGAGAAGAAACGAUCGGCCAUAAUCGAUACCGCCUGGGCGACUCACAUCAUUGUGACGUCAGGAGAUGUACCCUAUCCAGCUAUAAACAACACCUAUUGCGAGUUAUAUUAUCUAUUCGGGCAAUACGGCGAAUACAAUUUGACCGUACCUUCCAAGCAACAGAACGGCACGAACGGGACUAAGUGCGGACUGGUAACAGUGAAAGAACCAACUUACGCUGAUACAGGUACCUUAGUCUUUUACGGAUCAGUAUUCUUCGCGUUUUUCGUUGCUGCCAUUUGGGUUCAUUGUAUUAAAAGAUGCACCGAAAAGAGCCUACCAAUCAAUCAUAACGGAAGUAUACUAUCGAACGGUUCUCAGGAUGACCAAACACCCCUGACCUUCCCGGCUAGUGACAAGCCUAAGAGCUCCCUUCGACUCAGAUCGGUCGACACUUUUAGAGGGCUUGCUAUUACUCAUCUUGUACUCGGUACAAGUGGUGACGGUCAUUUUUGGUACUCAAACCAUGCAAGAUGGUAUGGUAUUACUGUUGCAGAUUUCAUGUUCCCGUGGUUUGUGUUUAUCAUGGGUACCUCUAUCCAUCUAUCGUUCAACAUCCUUCUCUCCAAAGGGCUGAGUUAUUGCGCUAUCUUCAAGAAAAUAGUAUUCCGUAGCAUUUCUUUAUUCAUCAUGGGCGUCUGUAUUCAAUCUCACAAUGAUUUGCGUAACCUUCGCAUCCCUGGUGUGCUACAGCGGUUUGGCAUCACAUAUUUCAUUGUUGCGUCAUCCUACCUCCUCUCCCGACGUCUGCAGGCCCGCAGGGCCGAGAAAACGGGUAAAUGUUACAUGAUGUUUCGGGACAUCACAGAUUACCUCGAACUUCCGUUGGCUGCCUGCUGUCUCGUCGUUCAUUUGUGUUUGACCUUUCUACUACCGGUUCCCGGAUGUCCGCUAGGUUAUCAAGGCCCUGGUGGUCCGCUAGUUGGGGAGAACGGUGAGCUGACUAACUGUACGGGCGGAGCUUCGGGGUAUAUCGAUCGUACGUUCUUCACGGAAGCUCACCUCAUCUUAGUAAACACAUGCGACGAUGUUUACCGAACCAUUGUGCGCAGUGACCCGGAAGGAAUUCUGGGUACUUUCACCUCCAUUGCACUGUGUGUGUUCGGUCUACAGUCUGGAAAGAUUCUCCACCUCUUUACCACCGUUAGAGGGCGCCUCGUUAGACUGCUCCUAUGGGGAUUGGCAUUGAUAUCAUGCAGUGCUGUUCUUUGUAAAUGCUCCAUGGCCGAUGGAUGGAUUCCCCUGAAUAAGAACUUAUGGUCCGUCUCGUUUAUCGCCCUCACCGGUGGAACAGCAUUCAUCGUUCAGGCCUUGUUUCAUGUCCUCAUUGACGUCACGCAUUUCUGGAAUGGAGCCCCUCUAUUCUACGCAGGAAUGAAUUCCAUCCUCCUCUACAUCGGAUCGGAGAUAAUGACUCCUUAUCUUCCGUUCUCAUGGCAACCAUUCGUUUACAACCACACGGAGUACAUCAUUCUGGCCGCCUGGUCCGGUUUCCUCUGGCUCGUCAUCGCCUACAUCUUCUACCGGAGAAAGAUCUUUUUAAAGCUUUGAUGCCAAUAAAGGGCAAUCUAACGCCUCAGUCACACCUUUGCGUACUUGGCUUGCGUAUUGCUGCGUAUGUAUGGCAAGCCGUUAUAAUAUUUAUUCCUAUUUUA